AUGGCGGAAGGCAACAGGGAGCAAGGCAACGUUGCGAUGUUUGAUGGAUUCGGACGUUUUUCACUUUCGGGAAGCGUUGCUGAUUGUACUGACCAUCUCUCUGACAGCUCGAUGGAUUCAUCCUAUGAGGCUCUGGAAGACGAAGACGAGUGGAGAAGGCAAGAGGAGAAGAUCAGGGACUCCCUGCGGAGGAGGCGCCAGAGGAUCGAGAGGAUUGAGCAGGAGCUGAACCACGUCCAAAGCCUCUCACCAGCAGAGGUCAAGGAGUAUGCCUCUGUGGCAAGAUAUGGAGUGGAUGGCAUACGAGCAGCAGCCGAAACCAUCCAAGGUGCAUGGAGGACUGUGCGGAGGCAGACGGAAAAGCGCUCUGGAACUCUGCAGAGAAAGCACAUGGCGGCGAGAAGGAUACAGUUGUUCAUGAAGCACGUUUCGAAUCUCAACCAGAAGAGGUGGAUAUCCAGGAUCUGUGGCCUGAUACUGACAAAGAUUGGCUUCAGGACUGACUUCAUCUCUCUUGAAAGUGUCAUGAUCGAACCGGAAGUGGUGCCCGAGUCUCGGCGUGGUCAGUUGGACCUGUGGGAGCUUCCUGAUGAAGAUCGGGUGAGAAAUCUGCAGAACAAGAUCAACUCCGAGUUGGAGGCAGCUCGUACCCGCAGGGAACGUUCAAGGACUGAGGAGGAGUUGAAGGAUCUGGAAAAGAUGGCGAAAGCAAGGAUCAAGGAGUAUGACAGCUCUGGGAAGGUGUCAAGGACGGAGACCAAGGAUCGCAACAAGUUACGAGAAUACAUCUCGAGCACGCUAGCUUCAAUGUGGAGCAUCAGAAGUAUUGAUGACAUCUCAGAAUCCAGGGAAAUGAGGGCAUUCGAACGAGGAUUGCUGUAUGGAAGUGAAUCAGACAAAGAUUACAAAGAGCUUAUCAUGAAGGUAGCCAUGGAGGAACACCAAGAAGCCAUGCAAGCUGUUCAGAAGCGUGAGAUAGGAAUGUACUAA